CUCGCAAUCACCUUGCAAAGUGCAGUGUGAUCACGAACUUCCCCCGCCUAUCCUAUCUAUCCUAUACCUCGCUCCUCGUCAAACGCAUAUACUCGGAGCAGACUUGCGCCGAUUGCACCAGCGCGCCGAGAGCAGAAAUCCAGCAGAAAAGAAGACUCCACAAUGACCGACUACGGUUAUGGGGUAGCGGACGAGGAGCUGGCCGAGGUCAGGAAGCUAGAAGAAGAGGUGCAGGCUAGUCCUGACGAAUUUGAGAACUGGGAAAAGCUGGUUCGCGCGGUGGAAGGGCUGGAAGGAGGCCUCAACAGAAACUCAAGUCCCCAAGCAAUCACAGCGGCCAGGAGCAUCUACGACCGCUUUCUCGCAAAGUUCCCUCUGUUCUUUGGAUACUGGAAGAAAUACGCCGACUUGGAGUUUGCCAUCGCCGGCACAGAGGCGGCCGAGAUGGUGUACGAACGCGGCGUGGCCAGCAUCAGUAUUUCUGUCGACCUGUGGGCAAACUACUGCAGUUUCAAGGUCGAGACAACACACGACGAUGGCAUCAUCCGAGAGUUGUUCGAACGAGGUGCCGCAUGCGUUGGUCUGGACUUCUUGGCCCACCCCUUCUGGGACAAGUACAUUGAGUUUGAAGAGCGACUCGAGGCACAAGAUAAGGUCUUUGACAUUCUUGGUCGCAUCAUAAACAUUCCCAUGCACCAAUAUGCUCGCUACUUUGAAAAGUACCGCCAAUUGGCUGCCUCUCGCCCGUUGACCGAGCUUGCACCUUCCGACCUCCUCAAUCAGUUCUCCACAGAGCUCGAGCCUGAGACCAACGGUAAGAGUCAGAUUGAGGUGGAGCGUGCUAUACGUACUCGCCUGGAUGCCUACCACCUUGAAUUGUUCCACAACACUCAGACCGAAACUACAAAACGCUGGACCUACGAACAAGAGAUCAAGCGCCCUUAUUUCCACGUCACCGAACUCGACGAGCCACAGCUUGAGAAUUGGUCAAAAUACCUCGACUUCGAGGAGAGCGAGGCCGACUACAUCCGUACCACUUUCCUCUACGAGCGCUGCGUCGUCACAUGCGCUCACUACGAUGACUUCUGGCAGAGAUAUGCCCGCUGGAUGUACGGCCAGGACGGCAAAGAGGAGGAAGUGCGCAACAUCUUCCAGCGCGCCAGCUGCAUCUACACUCCCAUCGCUAGACCUGCUAUCCGUCUCCACUGGGCUCUUUUCGAGGAAGCUUGCGCCAGACCUCUCGUUGCUGCUGCCAUCUACGAAGCCAUCCUCGUGACUCUACCUGGAAACCUCGAGGCCAUCACCCGUCUGGCCAAUCUUCAACGUCGCCAGAUCGGUUACGAUGCCGCCGUGCAAAUCUACGAUCAAUACCUCGCUGACGACGAGUGUACGAUGGAUGACAAGGGCGCUCUCGUCGUCGAGAUGGCUCGUCUGGCCUGGAAGUCAAAGGGUGAUGCUGCCGAAGGACGCGACAUUCUGUCACGCCAGCAGCAUAUUUUCCUUGAUAGUCCUUCCUUCUGGGCUGGCUACCUGGGGUACGAGAUCGAGCAGUCAACCGCCCUGGACACUGCAGCUGAACAAGCUGAGCGCGUCAAGGCACUUCACAGCACAAUCCGCCAGAAGACGCGUCUGCCUGCUGAUGUCGUCAGGGACCUGUCUCAAAAGUAUUUGAGCUAUCUGACUGAGAAGCAGAGCAAAGCCGCAGCCAGAGAGUAUCUUGAACUCGACAUGCAAGUUAAUGGUCCUGCCUCUGUCACCACAGCUCAUGUCACUCUUGGAGCAAAAAGAGCAGUUGCUUAAGCACAAGUCCACCUUGGGCUCGUUGAGCAAGCGUAGCCGGUGUGGCGGUGGAUGAACCAACCUCGUACCAGAAUCUGCCCCGUCUGACCUCAAGCCGAAUAGGACUGGCUUUCAACCAGCCAUUCCCAACCACGACUUGAGCUCUGCGAUGUCCGUGCAUGAUGAGCAGCUUGGUCGACCUGAGUUCAUUUCCAGGGCUCAGCAGAGUGACGAACCAAGCGACGGAAAACAGAAAACGUGGCUGUACCUUGCAUGGUAGUCGUGGAAACAUCACAGUUUAUAGUAAACAAAAGUAAAUAAUGAAUAGCAAAAGAUGCCGGAUUGGCUCCAUGUCUCAUGCCCGCCGUCAUC